AUGAAUGAAUGAAUGAUAUAAUUAGAUGAUCUGCAUACAAUGGAUGAACAUAAAAAAGAUAUAAUUGCAAUCAUGAAAAUGAUUGCAAGAUAUAAUAAAAUGGAAGAUAUAAAGCUAAAAAAAAUUAUAACUCUUUGCAGUAAACAUGAUCCUUCUCAUAUAUUUCCUCAAAUUAUGGAUAAUCUUGCAAAAAAAACUAAAAAACAUAAAAUUCUCAUCCAUCUUACAAAUGAAUUGUUUAUUAAACUUAAAAACUUUAGAGAAAUAAUAAUUGAAAAUUUCCAAGAAUAUGCUAAUUAUGUUAUAUAUCCAAAAUUUCCAAAAAUAUCAAAUCAAAUCCAGCCCCAAACUCAAUUUCUGGCUCUUAAAUUUUUUUAUCACUGGUAUCAGCUCUAUAAAAAUGAUUACUUUAUAUUAAUAUCAGCUUAUAACUACUUUAUAGGAAUUGAAUCAUUACCCUUAAAUAAAAUUAUAAUAGAAGAAAAAGAAGCUAAUAUGUUAUUUGAAAAUGAAAAGAGACUUUGUAAAUACAGAUUAUUAAUUAACAAAGAAUUGUUUCUGAAUGAAAUUAUAGAUUAUAUACCCGAUAUCAGGAAUAAUAUAAUUGAAAUCGUAAAUUUAUUUCAAAUUAUUAUACCAUCACCAGAAAAUUUUAAUGUCAUUGACAGCUAUCAUAAAGGUGAUGUCUUAUUUAGUGCAGAUGAUAUUCUCAAAAAUAUUUCCGUAGGUUAUGAUGAUAAGACUUCCACAGAGGAUUUUUUUAACAGUGUUUUGGUGACAUCCGGGUUGAAGAAAGCUACUAGACUACAUGGCUAUCACAUUAAAUCAUUUGGUAAUUUUAAUAUACCUUUAUCACAACCAUCAGCUCAAAUUUCCAAUUCCAAAGUUUUGUGUGAUAAAUUUAUUCGAGAGAAUCUUAAUGAGCGGAAACAUUACAUAGAAAAUUUUAUAUUUAAAAUAUGGCGUUGGAAAUUUACAUUUGAAAACAUCUUUAAUACAAACGAAGAAAUAUCCAGCAAUAUAAUGCAAAACAUAAAAAAGUUGGGAAACACAAUAUCUAUAUCAAAAAAUUUGUUUUCAUUGCAAAAACCUUCUUAUAAAUCUAAAAUAGAUGGUAAUUGUUAUAUUACUGCAUCUCGGCAAUGCAAUACUUCUCAUACCAAUAUAGGUUUAACGAAUAACCUUAGACAUAGCAAUAUAUAUCAUAUUAUUGAGAAGAUUGCUCAAGAUCUUCCCAAAUAUUACAAUUUAAUAAGUGAUCUGAAAUAUUCACAAGAUUCUCAGAAAGCAAAUAAAGAAAUGCACCAAAUUUGUACAUCGUGGAAUAAAAAAUUGUGGAAUUUUAUAUGUUUGUUAGAAUCAGAGUUGCAAAAUUACAUAUUUAAGAUUAACCACCUGCAGGGAAGCGAAAAUAUAAGUAAAAGUUAUGAAAAUGAUUCAAGUCAUGAAGAGUUUGAAGAUGUUUCAUCCAAUCACAUUAAUAUCAACGAACAUAACUGACAAUUUAAAGUGCUUAAGGAGAUAUGCAAACUUCUCUAAAUUAUAAUGAGUCAAAAAAAUUUGAAAGUCUGAUUAAUAUUUCUUUUAUAAAGUCAAAUUGGCCUAUGUGAUUGCGAUAAUAAGAAUCGUUUAAUAGCGCUCUAACCCUAUAGCAUUAAAUUAUGAAUAAGCUUUUUAUUCAUAAAUCUUUAUAACUCAAGAAUCCAGUUGCCCUAAAUAUUAUUUUAUAAGUAUACUAUAUUUUUAAUUCAAUUUUAACACACAUCAAUAAUAAAUAAAUAACUUCAGAAAAUUAGAAGGAAUUUUAUGUUUUAUUUUAAAAUUUACAAUGAGUAUAAUACAGGGUUUUUUCGUUGUUAUCGAGUAGAAGCUCACAAAAAAAUAUGUAAUAUAUUUUAUUCGAGUUCCUCUUAGGCUCGGACUAAGCUUCUUAGGGGUGUAUAUUUUAUUCCUUUUUUAAAAUUUAUAUAUAGUUUUUACUUUUAUUGAUAGAUUUUAAAUUUAUUAAUUCCUAUGUAUUUUCCUUUCACCUUUUUAUUGUUUCUUUUCGACAGCAAAAAAAAACGUAAAGAAAAUUAAUAAUUUAUUUUCUUUUUUAUAUCUAUUAAAAAUAAAUAUAAAUUGAUUAAUAAUAUAACUAUUUUUAUUUAUUUGAUUAAAUAAAAAAUUUUCGAUUUAAAACGAUUACUUACAA